GCUAAGACCUGUAUCUGCUGCUAACCUAAAAAAAAAAAGUGUACGAUGUCAGACUUUCAGCAAUUCUUGGCACAAGCUGAGAUGUGCUCAGUUCACCCACCUUUCAGUGUAUUGAGAGGUGACAUGCUGCACACACACCUCACACACAUGCUGCACACACACCUCAGGCUGGAAAUUAUGAUGCUAAUGUGGAUUACAAUGAUGCUCUUUAAUAAAUUUGAUUCUGCACAGAUAAAUUACAUCAUUCAACCGAACUCAAUUAUCUCUGCUGAUGUUGGUGGUAACGUGACUCUGCACUGCUUUAUACAGCGAGAGGACAUCAGCGAAUCUGUCGUUUGGUACAAGCAAAAAGUUGGAUAUGAGCCUUGUGUAUUGGUCUCAAUUCAAAUUGAUUCUUUUUUCGAGGAGGAGUUCAGGUCACCAAGAUUCAGCGUUGAGAAAGAAAAUCUGGGCUGCCAUUUGAAAAUUGCGCACGUGGAACCGUCAGAUGAAGCCAUGUAUUACUGUGGACUGAGAAAGUUUUCAAUAGAAUUUGGAAAAGGAACAUUUUUAUCAGUGAAACGUAAAGCAGAUGUAAGUGUUUCAGUGUUUCAGAGCAGUGUGUCAGACUCGGUUCCUGCAGGAGCAUCAGUGACUCUGCAGUGUUCGGUUCUCUCUGAGAGCAGAGCAGCAGAACUCCAAGUGCUCUGGUUCAGAGCUGCUCCAUCACAAUCCCAUCCUCAACUCAUUUACACUCAUCACAACAGCAGCCUUCAGUGUGAGAGCGAAUCUUCUACACACACCUGUGUGUACAACUUGUCCAAGAACAUCUUCAGCCUCAAUGAUACUGGUACUUACUACUGCGCUGUGGCCCUGUGUGGGAAGAUCAUUUUCGGGAACGGAACACGAGUACAGUUCAGAAAAUCUGUGGAUCCUGUAGUGAUCUUUCUCCCUGUAGCUGGUGUGUGUGUGCUUGUGAUCUUUGCUCUUAUUGUAAGCUGUAAAGAGGAAAAUUGUGACUGUAGAAAUGUGAGAUCUCAUCAAGGUUCUGCCAAUCAGGGUCGUUCUGCUGUCACGGUCAAUUUUUCUGCUUUACAGUUUAAAGAGAGAAAAAACCAGGACAGUGUGUAUUCUGAACUGAUUUACUCAUCUUUCGAUUAGAAUAUCUUACAGUGAUGCUUUUUAUGAAAUAUGAAAUAAUAUUACUGCACUCACCGUCUCACACUGUUUCCUGAAUGCAUUGAUCAUUAACACAAUAAAACUAAACCUUAUGUGUUUAUAUUUCUUAAAUCGUCAAUCUGAGGACCUCAUGAUAAUGUGUAGAGUUUUGCAAUAAAUAUUGUAUAUAAAUCAGUGUGAUAAUUUUAUUCAUCAAUAAUAAAUGAAGAAUGAAUCAUUUUA